GUAUUACCAAAAAUAUAAAAACUUAUUUUGGUAUUAGGAAAAAAAAGAAUGAGGGAAGGGUAAAAUGGUCAAUGAAUAAAACCCUAAUAUUGCUGCGGUGCUCCCAUUUAUUGGGCGAGUCUGGUUCAAUUCCCUUCCCACACGAUCUGAGAAAGACACCAAGCUUCUCCCUUCACCCUUUUUGGCAUCAGAGUCUAACAGUGAGUAAAGCUAAACUGGAAACUGUAAUGGAUUUUGUCAUAGUUAUCUACUAUUUUCGAAUUUCGUAGCAUUUAGCCUCCUCAAAUUCUUGCAUUCUGCUAAAUUGGGGCAUUUGUCUAAAGUGCUGCGAUGGCGGACGGGUUGCAUUCGCGGCAUCCAUCUGUAGUUCAGAAGUUAUCUGGGCAAUCUUAUCUUGUGUCCAGGCUUGCCCCUAGUCACUCCAGAAACUAUUCUACAACUUGUACCUACUUUAAUGGAGGCUUGCAGUCUUCGGGGUUGGUUCCAAUCACGGCGCAAGCGCCAGCAGAGAAAGGGGCAUCUGCAUUUUUUAUAGAUUUCCUCAUGGGAGGAGUGUCGGCUGCUGUGUCUAAGACGGCAGCGGCUCCAAUUGAGCGGGUUAAGUUGCUCAUUCAAAAUCAAGAUGAAAUGAUCAAAAGUGGCCGGUUAUCUGAACCGUACAAGGGAAUUGUUGAUUGUUUUUCUCGCACCAUGAAGGAUGAAGGGGUGAUUGCUCUUUGGAGAGGAAACACUGCUAAUGUUAUCAGAUACUUCCCUACUCAGGCUCUGAACUUUGCUUUUAAGGAUUAUUUCAAGAGGCUUUUCAACUUUAAAAAAGACAAAGAUGGCUACUGGAAAUGGUUUGCUGGGAAUUUAGCAUCUGGUGGAGCUGCUGGAGCUUCCUCCCUCUUGUUUGUCUAUUCUUUGGACUAUGCCCGAACACGUUUAGCAAAUGAUGCAAAGGCUGCAAAGAAGGGUGGUGAGAGGCAGUUCAAUGGCUUGAUUGAUGUUUACAAGAAAACCAUUAAAUCUGAUGGUAUUGCUGGCCUUUAUCGUGGUUUCAACAUCUCAUGUGUUGGAAUCAUAGUUUACCGUGGUCUUUACUUUGGAAUGUAUGAUUCUCUGAAGCCAGUGGUUUUGGUUGGUGGAUUGCAGGAUAGUUUCUUUGCAAGUUUCUUUUUGGGAUGGGGGAUCACAAUAGGUGCUGGUUUGGCCUCUUACCCCAUUGAUACCGUGCGCAGAAGAAUGAUGAUGACAUCUGGAGAAGCUGUAAAAUACAAGAGCUCUCUGGAUGCAUUUAAGACAAUCAUUGCAAAAGAGGGUACUAAGUCACUCUUUAAAGGUGCUGGUGCAAACAUAUUACGUGCUGUUGCAGGUGCAGGGGUGCUUGCGGGUUAUGAUAAGCUACAGCUCAUUAUGUUUGGAAAGAAGUAUGGUUCAGGUGGUGGAGGUUAAGAUACAGAUGAUGAUGACAACAACUAUCUGGGGCAGUUAUGUGUUGGUUCCCCUUUGCAUUGAAUAAUUUGGAUGAAAAAUACUGGUUUUGAAGUUUCCCAAAAUACUGGGGCUUUAUAUUUAGAAAUCAGUUUUGCAAACUUGAAUUUUAGUUGGUCAUUACAUGUCUCGAGUUCAAAAUCCGUGUAGUUUUUUAGAUCCUCUAGUUUAAGUAAAUAGGUAAGACUUUUAUUUGUUCAUGUUUGUCUGGAAGGUGUUAACUGUCAAAUGAAAGUUGCAUGUCUUUUCCUUGUUCUAAUUUGUGUUAUUAUCUGAUGCAGUAACUUUGUUUCUUUAUUGAUGCAGUGUCGUCUGGUUUAAAGUUUGGUAGAAUGAUUUUUUAUGGAAUUAAUUUUAAACCAUUAAAUAUAAUUGAGAUUUAUGC